AUGCCUGUUCACCAUCUCAUGGUCGGCACCUGGACGCCUCCAGGCGCCAUCUUUACUUUCGCCUUUGACGAUGAGGCUUUGACUUUGAAGCUCGUCAAGCGGACCCCGAUUGCCGAGGAUGAACCCAUCUCGUGGAUGACGUUUAACCACACCAAAAAGACCAUCUAUGGUGCCGCCAUGAAGAAGUGGUCCAGCUUCGCUGUCGAGUCGCCCACCACCAUUACCCACCAGGCCUCUCACCCCAUGCAGCACGACCCCAAUGCCUCUCUCUCUACCACAAACACCCGUGCCAUCUUCCUCCUCGCCGCCCAGAAGCCUCCCUACGCCGUCUACUGCAACCCCUUCUACGACCACGCCGGUCACGGCGCCGUCUUCACCACCGACCCGGCCACCGGCGCGCUGCUCGAAAACGUCCAGAACUACGAGUACCAGCCCAACUCGGGCAUCCACGGCAUGGUCUUCGACCCCUCCGAGACCUACCUGUACUCGGCCGACCUGCGCGCCAACAAGAUCUGGGUCCACCGCCGGCGCUCCGCCGAAGACCCGGCCCUCGACCUCGUCGGCUCCGUCGACUCCCCCGAGCCCCGCGACCACCCCCGCUGGGUCGCCCUGCAUCCUUCCGGCCAUUACCUGUAUGCGCUGAUGGAGAAGGGCAACCAAAUCCGCGAGUUCGUCAUCGACCAGGAGACGCACAUGCCCAUCUACACGCGCCGCCACUGGCCUCUCAUCCCGCCGGGCAUCCCCGAGAGCGACCGCUGGACACAGUACCGCGCCGACGUGUGCACGCUGUCCUCGUCGGGCCGUUACCUGUUCGCCUCUUCACGCGCCAACAAGUUCGACCUGACCGGCUAUAUUGCCGCCUUCGCCCUCAGCGAGGAGGGUGCCGUCGAGCGCCAGAUCCUGCUCAACCCCACGCCUACCAGUGGCGGCCACAGCAACGCCGUCUCGCCGUCGCCGUGGACGGACGAGUGGGUCGCCAUCACCGACGACCAAGAGGGAUGGCUCGAGAUUUACCGCUGGAAGGAUGAGUUCCUAGCACGCGUGGCGAGGGUUCGCGUGCCUGAGCCCGGAUUUGGCAUGAACGCCAUCUGGCAUGAUUGA